UGGUCUUUUGGGAAUAUAGCUACAUGCCAUUGUCAAGUUGAUUUUUUUCUCUUAAUUUGUCCAAACUGUUCCCUCCUUCUAAUAGUUACCCUUCAUAUCAUCCCUUUCCUUUAUAGCUACCUUUUUCCCACUCACCCUUUCUCUCUCACAACCUCUUCACCAAAAAGUCUAGUGUCUGUGUCUGUCUCCUCUUUUAAAAAUGGCAUUUGAGGCUGUGGUUUUCCCACAAGAUCCUGCAUUCACAUAUGGUUGCAAAAAUGAUUACUUUUUCUCUGCAACAACUGCUGUUGGAGCAUGGGGCACCAACAACAACAACUAUGGUCUCCUCCAAGCAGCAGAAGAAGAAGAAGAAAAAAAACUCCUUGAAAUCAUCAUCAACAACAACAACAUGGACCAGGAGCAGAAUCUCCAUUCAAAUAAUUGGGAUUCUUCUUCCCACACAUCCCCUGAAGCCUGCACCUUUGAUCAAUCAUCUCCUACACCAUUUUCUUCUUCUCGGCGAAAACGACGUCGCACCAAGAGCGCCAAGAACAUGGAAGAAAUCGAGAAUCAGAGGAUGACCCACAUCGCGGUUGAACGAAACCGCCGCAAACAGAUGAACGAGUACCUUUCUGCGCUAAGAUCUUUGAUGCCUUCUUCUUAUGUUCAAAGGGGUGACCAAGCGUCUAUUAUUGGAGGUGCUAUUAACUUUGUGAAGGAGUUAGAGCAACUAUUACAAUCCAUGGAAGGGCAAAAGAAAACGGACCAGCCAGGCUCAUCACCACUGCCACCAUUUGCUGAGUUCUUCGUGUUUCCUCAGUACACGACGCGUGCUGCAACUCAUAGCAACGAUACGAACAUGGGCGUAGCAGACAUUGAGGUUACUUUGGUGGAUAGCCAUGCCAAUUUGAAGAUACUUUCGAAGAAACGAAGAGGAAACCUCAUGAAGAUCAUUGGUGGGAUUCAAAGUCUCAGUCUCACAAUUCUUCAUCUUAAUGUUACCACUGUGGAUGAUUUAGUCCUUUACUCAGUGAGUCUCAAGGUAGAGGAGGAGUGUCAGCUGAGCACGGUGGAUGAAAUAGCGGCCGCCGUGAAUCAACUAUUAUCCAUGGUCGGAGAAGAAGUGACUUUCAGUUGAAUGCAACUAGCUAGAGAUUGUGUAAUCUUCAAAAUGUUCUAUUCUUCGCUUCAUGAGUCAUUAAUUAAUUUGGGAUAAAUGUAAUUGUGUCCAUUAAUGGAGGGGGCUAUAUAUAUGUAUGUUUCUCUUCAUUUUGUCCUAAUCUGCUCCCUCUAGCUGGUUUUGUUUUUUCACAACAUCUAGUUGAAAUUCUUAAGGCUGUAUGUACAACCAUCUCACUAGUCUAAACGAAAUACAAGUCCUUUAAUACCGAGUGGUUGAUGAA